GGGUGCCCGGGUGCUCGGCGGAUGCCGGCAGCUGCCUCGCCUCGAACUUCCUCCAUAGCAAAAAAACAUCGAACCGCAGCGCGCGGCGACGAGCGGGAGCCGAGCUGCAGCCAUGGCCGAGGGCAAGACCGGGGGAGCCGGGCUCUUCGCCAAGCAGGUCCAGAAACGGUUCAGCCGGGCGCAGGAGAAGGUCUUGCAAAAAUUGGGCAAAACGGUGGAAACCAAAGACGAGCAGUUCGAGCAGAGCGCGUACAACUUCCAGCUGCAGCAGAACGAAGGCAAUAAACUCUACAAAGACCUCAAGGCUUUCCUGGGGGCGGUGAAAGUGAUGCACGAGAGCUCCCGGAAAGUGGCGGAAACGCUGCAGGAGAUUUACAGCCCCGAGUGGGGGGGUCACGAAGAGCUGAAAGCCAUCGCAGAUAGCAACGACCUGCUGUGGGACGACUACGAGGCGAAACUGGCCGACCAGGCCCUGCGGCUCAUGGAGAACUACCUGGCUCAGUUCGGGGACUUUAAGGAGCGCAUCGCCAAGCGGGGCCGUAAGCUGGUGGACUACGACAGCGCCCGGCACCACCUGGAAGCUCUGCAGAGCGCCAAGAAGAAGGACGAGGCCAAAAUCGCCAAGGCCGAGGAGGAGUUUAACAAAGCCCAAGCCGUGUUUGAAGACCUGAAUAAGGACCUGCGGGAGGAGCUGCCCGUUCUGUAUGGCAGCCGCAUCGCCUGCUACGUGACCAUCUUCCAGAACAUCUCCAACCUCCGCGAUGUCUUCUACAAGGAGAUGAGCAAGCUCAACCGCGACCUCUACGAGGUGAUGAGCAAACUGGAGAAGCAGCACUCCAGCAAAGUCUUCAUCAUUAAGGGCGUCCCCAGCAACCGGCGCUCGCUGGUCAUCUCCUCGCCCGUCAGCCCCCCGGCCAUGUUCCCCUGCCCGGGGAAGGCACCCGACUGGCAGCCCGUGGUGGAAGCGGAGGCGGCGGCGGCGUCCCCCGGGGAGGGCAGCGGUGCCACCGACGCCGUCUCCAACGGGGACCUGGGGGCUGCCGUCCCCGGGCCACCACCGGCUUCCCCCGCCAGCGGCAGGUCCCUGUCGGAGACGGCGUCAGUCUCCAGUGAGGAGGGUCCAGAGCCCGGCCCCGGCCCCGAAGCUCCGUCCCACGAGCAGGGGACAUCGGUGGCACCAGGCACUGGCCCCCCUGGGCUCACCGAAAGCCAGGGUCCGGAGCCACCGGGGGCUACCGGAGGGGUGCAGGCGGGGGCCGAGGGCAUCGCUGCCUCCCUGGCAUCGCUGAUUUUAUCCGAGGCGGUUGCCCAGGCUGCCAGCACCGCGCCACCGGAGCCGCAUGAAGCCAUGGCCGGGCUGGAGGCCACCGCAGGGGACCCCCGUCAGCCGGAUGGCAUGGCCACCGAUGGUGACUGGACGGAGCCACCGUCCCCAGCCCCGGCUGUCCCCUCCGAUGGCCCCGGUCCCGUGGUGGAGGCAACGGCGUGUGCGUCCCCCAGUAACAGGCAGGAGCCGUGCCGGCUCGACGAUGCCGCGGGCGACCGCAGCGACUCCAAGGAGAGCGUGGAGGCAACGGACCUCGAGCCAAAGGCGGCCGAAACUCAGAUGGGGCUGGAGGUGGCUCCCGAGGUGGCAUCGAGCAGCACCGGGGAUGGCGGCUCCCCCUCCGGCACCGAGGUGGGUGCGGCAGCGCUGCGGGGGGAGACGCCGACCCGACCCCCGGCCCCGGCCAGACUCGGGUCCUGUUUAACCGAAGCACCAAGUCUCCGUCUCACCUGGCUCGGCGUCACCUCCGUGUCUCUCCCAGGAGCAAGGCUGUCCCGGGACGGCGGAGCAGGACACGAGCCAGGACCCCUCCCCACCAGCGACCCCCCCCCAGGACCCCACCGAGACCCUCACCUCCCUGUGAGCCCAGCGCCCUGGGUGGAAAACGGGCGUUUUAUGGCACCACGGGCAGAUUAUUGUGUUUCCCCGUAACUGUACCGUGCUUCCCACCCCCCCCCCCGCUCCGUCCCGUCCCAAAUAAAGGCCGAGGGCAGAAAAGGUGGCGAGAGGGGGAGGUGAAGACGCCAUCGGGGGCCAAAUUGCUGUCUGGCAAAAGCCCAUCGCGGGGACAGGGGGGUCGCCGCGAACACCGGGUUGGCGGGGGUGGGGGGGGCGUCCCACCAGCAUCCGAAGGCGGGUGCCGGAGGGAUUUGUCACCCCGUUCUCCCCCAGCACCCAACGCCGCUGCCUGGGCGCCUUGCGGUGACUCAGGGAAAAGGCGUCGAGCCGGUUUCUCCGGCUCUGGGAAAAUGUGCUGCCUGCCGUGCAAAAAAAAAAAAAAAAAAAAACAAACCAAAACCCAACAAAAAACCCCAAACCGAACCCCUAAUUUUCCCCCCCCCGUCGUGCUGGAAACUUACACACACACACAGACACACAGACACACACCCCCCCUCCCCGCCAUCCCGUAUCGAAGCUAAACCCCGCUGCCGAUC